UAUCAUUAAAACAACAUAUUGAUCAAACAUACCUGCUUUAUGGCUAACAAACACUAGCACUACAAACAUUACCAGCACAACAAGCAGUAGUACCAGCAGCGCAACAAGUAGUACCACAACAAGCAGCAGUACCAGUAGGGCAACAAGUAGUACCACAACAACCACCAGUACCAGCAGGGCAACAAGCAGUACCACAACAAACACCAGGACAACAAGUAGUACCACCACAACAAGUAGCAGUACCAGCAGGGCAACAAUUACCACCACAACAAGAAGGAGUACCAGCAGGGCAACAAUUAGUACCACAACAACCAAUAGUACCAAUAGCGCAACAAAAAGUAGUAGUAGCACAACAACCAGCAGGGCAACAACGAGAAUAA